GCCCAAAAAAAAAUAAGAUCUUAAAGAAUCUUUUUUGUGCUCUCUCGGUGAUAAUUAGAAAACCACGCUUGUUAGACUUUCGCCGCCUGUUUGCAAAAAGAGAUUCUCACGAUGAAAACAGUUUUAAGUCAAAGUGUAUGUUCAGUUAAGGAUGUGCCUGCUGAUAAAUUUAUUAGUGCAUACGCUGGUCAUCUUAAGCGAAAUGGAAAAUUUCGUUUACCAUCGUGGAUAGAUGUAGCUAAAACUGGUCGUGGUAGAGAGUUAGCUCCUUAUGAUGAAGAUUGGUUAUUCGUACGAGCUUCUGCUAUUAUUCGUCACUUGUAUAUUCGUCCAGAUCAAGGAGUUGGUGCUUUAAGAAAUGUCUACGGAAAUAAAAAAAGACGGGGAGCAGCUCCAGGACAUCACGUCAAAGCUUCAGGAGGCUUAAUUCGUUAUUGUUUACAACAACUUGAGUCUUUAGGAUUGUUAGAAAAAACCAAAACAGGAGGGCGACGUUUAACUGCUAAAGGUCAACGCGACAUUUGCAUUAUCGCAAAACAAGUACAUCAAACAGUCGCUUAAACAUUUUUUAUUUUGUUUUCGCACCAAUUUUUGAAGCAUGUAACCUUUUAAGUCGGUUUAUAAGCAUGUUUUUUUAAAAAAAAAGAAACUAACCAUAUAGUAAAUUCGUUGAAAAGCUCACAUUAAUAAAUGUA